AAUUUAUAUUUACAACAAACUCGGGCGCUUUCACGAGCAGUUGGGAGCUUCACUAGAACACUGUACCACGUGGACUAGAGAUGGGAGCAUACGAAAGCGAUUGGGGUGUUGGAACCCCUUAAACGGAGUGCGUGCAGUGGAGUGAGUGAGUGCACUUUGUACAGUGUGAGCCAUUACUAGCCGCCACAACUUCACGCGGCCUUUUCAAACUUACGGCCGUUAUGUCUUCCUCAGAUCUGGCCAAAACGGCAAAACAGCCAAGACUCAGGAAAAUCAGCAGGACUGACAGUGAGGUGGCAUGCGAAGAAGCGGCCCGUUUGACUGCCGAGCAGCAGGAGGAAGACGAUGACGGAAUAUCGUAUUGCGACUACCACGACUUGCCUCCCCCGCCGGAUGGAGGCUACGGCUGGGUCGUGGUGUUCGCCUCCUUCAUGUGCAACAUGCUCGUAGACGGUAUAGGUUACACUUUCGGCAUAUUCCUUCCAAAACUGGUCGACUAUUACGGCGAGACCAAAGGAACAACAGCCUGGGUCGGUUCGUUACUCUCGGGAAUGUACCUUAGUGUGGGUCCUGUAGUGAGCGCCUUGACCAACAAAUUCGGCUGUCGUGCUGUGUGUAUCGCCGGUAGUUUAAUAUCAACAGCGGCGUUCGUCCUCUCGCAAUUCUGUCCAACUGUAAACUGGCUGAUGCUGAUCUAUGGCUUCGUCGGCGGUGUUGGUUUCGGGUUAAUUUAUCUACCGGCAGUGGUGUGUGUGGGUUACUAUUUCGAAACGAAGCGAUCCCUAGCCACGGGCAUCGCCGUUUGUGGCUCAGGGGUCGGCACCUUCGCCUUCGCCCCCUUAGCCACAAUCCUCCUGGAUGAGUACGGCUGGCGAGGCGCCAAUCUCAUCCUAGCCGGGAUGAUCUUCAACUGCGUGAUAUUCGGAGCUUUGAUGCGGCCUUUGGAGUACCCCAAAGAGUCCAACUCGCAGCCGCUCCUCCAACGAAUGGCCGAAGAACGGCGAAUCCAAAUGGAACGGGGCAGCAUCGGGGGGUCGUACUUCAUGGUACAACUACCAGACGGUACCAUGGAAAAACGCAUGAAGCAGCCGCUGAACAUCGACCCCGGAGUGCAUUCUAGUCUCAACCUGGACCAGCUGGCCCCAGGAACACCCAUCACUCCCAUACCCACCGUGCCCACGCUACCCACCAUUGCCGAAGUCAAAGUACAAGACCAGAGCGGAAGCUCCGGAUCGCCGAGUCCCGGAGAAAGCUCUGCGGAAAUUAGACCCACAGCCAAGAAUCCGCGCUUAAGUGAAUUGAAACAACAAGACGGGAAAACGGGGGUUAGUAAGGAAGCACCAGCUGCCCCAGUUGGGACGACACCCGAUAAUUCCUCCUCGAAGAUGCCGAGGAAUGCCAGUCAGCCGGCCUUCAGCACGCACGUUCAAGGCUUGCCGAAGAACGGGUCCGUACCCACGUUUGAUAGAAUUAGGAAAACUUCAGUAGGGGAAAAGUUCAAGCCGACUUUAGGACCGAUCAAAUCUUCGUCCAGAGCCACUUUGAGUUCGAAUAGUGAUAUGAGAAAGUUGAGGAAUAACUCAACUUCUUCCUUUCUUAGCAGAAAUAAUAACAGCGAGGUGGACGUUGAAAGUCUAGCUUGCACAUCGAAACUGUCGUUACCACGUGGAGGAAGUCGCUCGAAUAUGGUCCGACCAAUGUCACGGAAGGACAUUUUCUACUCGGGAUCUAUCGUCAAUCUUCCAGAGUUUCACCAAUCGCAAAAAUCUCUCACGAAUUACAGGCAAAGCAUCAUGAGCAUCCCGAAAGCCAAAGGCCUGGAAUCUGAGGGAUCUCCUGGUGAUCUUUGCCCUUGCCUCGUACUGCCUGAAAGUUUCACCUCAGCCUUAGGACAAAUGAUGGACAUGAGCCUGUUGCGGGAUCCCGUUUUCGUACUUAUAGGAAUAUCGAAUUUAUUCGGGAUGGCUGGACUGUAUAUUCCGUUCGUUUAUCUUGUUGACUGCGCCGUUGAGGAUGGCAUCGAAAAAGGAAAAGCCUCAUUCCUGGUGUCCAUCAUUGGUAUUACGAAUACGUUCGGCCGUGUCGCCUGUGGAUACUUCGCUGACUUCCCUUCUGUUAAUGCGCUACUUGUAAAUAAUAUUUGUCUAGUUAUUUCCGCCAUCUCGGUUGCCCUAACACCGUUCUGCCACUCAUAUGGUGCUUACAUAGCCAUGGCCGUGUUUUUCGGAAUCGCGAUAUCCGGCUAUAUUUCAUUGACUUCGAUCAUACUAGUGGACCUCCUGGGUCUAGAUAAACUGACGAACGCGUUCGGUUUGUUGAUCCUCUUCCGUGGGGCUGCAGCCAUUGUCGGCUCCCCUCUAGCUGGCUUUAUCUACGAUAAAACGAAAACCUACGACAUCCCGUUCUACGUGGCCGGCUCAUUGUUUGCGAUUUCGGCCAUAACCAGCUUCAUUGCCCCGUGUUUGAAGCGCUCAGAAGAGGAGGAGCAGCCGGUUGGUGAAGGCGACGCUCUGACGCCGAUCGACGAAGACGAGGAGGAAGACGACGCAGGAAUUACAAUGGGUCCAGGCCAUAAAACGCGACUAGACAGCGGCCCGAUCCCCACAAUCGUGGAGACCGCCUCAAGUCCGGGAGAGAAGGAAAUCAAGCAAAUCGAAUCCGUUUUGUAAAAUACUUCUGAUUUUUAACGAACUUUCUGCGCCCGUAACAAAGUUAUUUUUCUAAUGUGUUCCCACGACGUGAACAGGAGGGCUAAUUGGUACAUAAUGUGCGAGUGGUGAAUGAGAAACUCAACUCCGGUCUUUUUUACAGAUUUGUUAUACUUGUGUGAGGAUAACUUGUAGGCGCACAAAGUUACACCAUGUAUAUACACAUCAUGUUUAAGCUGUUAUGUAGUUUUAUUAAUUUUUUUAUCGUCAGUGUUAAAUUUUUUUUUUGAAUUUAUUUUACAUGAUUUUUGCCAGUUUGUAAAACUGUGUGAUGUUGAAGAGACAGUAUUUUGUGAAUUUUAGUAAUUGUAUGUGCGAAAUUAGGCCAAAUGUACGUUUAAAAAUCGUUGAUUAGUGAAUAUGUACAUAAUGAAAUAACUUGGACAAUAUUCCUAGAACCGCUAUUUUUCAUAUACGUUGCACAACUUGAUUCGUCCCACUUUCGUGCUUUACAACCAGGAACGGGUCAAUCGAACUUUUUUACUAAUCCACGAAGGUGCAAGUCUUAAGUCAAUUUUAAGUCCUGGUUGUAAAGUCUGACAUCUUUCUUUUUUUUAGCUUGAGUUCUUUAUAAAAACCUGCUCAGGACAGUUGCAGACGCAAGAUUGAUUAAUAAAUAGCCUUAUCAUAGAUAUAGUACCUGUGCACCUCAAGUUAAUGUAUUUUAUUCUUUAAUCUAUACACUUAAAUACAUUUAUGAAGAUCUCUAAA